AUGGGACUACCUGUGGUAAACGGGAGCACAGUGCUGUCUAAUGGCACCUUCGGUCCUCAGCCGUGGGGCGAUGCCUCGUGCGAGACCGGGCUGCCCAACGGUUGGGUGGACGAGAUGGGUCGUCAAUUGAUACUGCCUCCACGUGUCCACGUGUUGCCGUCCGUACCGCAAACGCGCGGUUUGCACACGAUCAUGCGGGAUCGUGACACUGACCAAGAUUCAUUUGUGUUCUACUCGGAACGUCUGAUGCGCCCCCUUUGUGAGUAUGCAAUGAAUCUAUUACCCCACAUGGUAAUGGAAACACCUCAGGGUAUACCUUAUCGUGGUCGACAACUGGCUGCCGGAACUCAGGUUUGUGGAGUCUCAAUCCUUCGAGCUGGUGAAGCACUCGAACCGGCUCUGUGCGCGGUGUGCAAAGAUGUACGCCUUGGAAAAAUUCUCAUUCAGACAAAUCCGGACACUUGCGAGCCCGAGUUGCAUUACAUCCGUCUGCCCAGCGACAUCAAGGUGGGUGCAUUUGACAGCUCAAAGGCCUUUCGUAUCUCUCUCUGUCUUCCAUUAUGUUCGAUGAUUUUCGAGGUGGACCAUGUUGAUGAGCGAGAGGAAAAUCAAUGUGUACUUUUUGUGUCCCCGCCUGCCCUGCAUCCGUGA